AUGAGCCAGCAAGAGUGGAUAAGGCACUUCCGGCCCUUGACCGAAGAACAGAUCCAGACUUUCGCGAACGAUGGCGUCCUUGUUGUUGAGAAUGUGCUGACCAGCGAGGAACUAGAAUCAUCCCGUAACGGUCUUCAUCAAACAUUGGCGCAGCUAUCUGUCGAUACGGACGACUUAAUCGGAACCGGGCACGCCCUCCGCUACUUGAGCUCCACGAACGGCAGCGGCGGAGUUUUAGAUAUCUUCUAUGAUGAGUGGAAAAUGCGCAUCGCAAGUAAUCCAACCUUGUUUUCAAUGACCUGUCAACUGUGGGAUACAGCAUACUGCCACUCCGGCGAGACUGCCGAGAGCUUAGACAAGACUCAAAGAUUCAAAUGGCAUCCUUAUGGAGAAUUUGACUGCAAUAAAGGGUACAUGUUUAUUGAUCGGAUCGGAUACCGCCUGCCAACGGCGCUGGCGGAACAGCUUGGUACGCAAUUGGAAACCCAUUCAGGCUUAAAAAGGAAUAGUUCUUUACAGCGAUCGCUAACGCCGCAUCUGGACUGUUGUCCUGACAAUUUAUUCACCGACAAGUCCAAGUGGCGGCCAAUCCAGUGCUUUGUUUCACUUACAGAUACUGUGGAACCCAACGCCGGGGGGUUUGAAGUGGCCACAGGGUUCCACCAUGACUUUGCGGAUUGGGCAAAACGGCGCCCACCGACUGUUGUGACUCGAAAGCAGAAAGAUGGAACUAGCGUAUCUGAGUGCUUUCCAGCACCUUGUAUCGGGGAAUACACGCAUAUCCGACCAAGGGAAGAUCGCAACGUCAUGGAUCGUCUGGCAGUGCGGUGUUUUGGGAUAAUCGGCUUCCACACGCGAACGCAUAUCGGCAUGACGGAAACGUCCCACGAAGUGUGGUUUAUUGCUCGUUUCUUCCGGAUGUACCAAUCAACAGGCUAUACGCAGAGAAACAGCUGCAAAAAUGGAAAGAAGGACGAAAUCCCAAUGACCAAUGGAUAA